AUGACACCUUGGCACAAAACACCUCAACUGACAGGGACGGGGCCUCCCCUCCCCCGUCCCGUGCCCACCGCGGGGCAGCCACAGACCUGCCUCCAGGGUAUCGGGCGGGGGCGGCGACAGCUCCGUCGCGGCGGGGGGCAGGUGCUGCGACGGCUUUUUGGUCCAGGGAUUCUCUUUAGGCGGCGGAGGUUGCAGCUUCUUCUCGGGGCCGGCCGCGAUCAGCUUCUCCUGGGCGUCCUGGGUCGGCGGACCCCGCGGCGGUGGAGGAGUCGGAGUCCGCGGCUCCCCGGCGGAGGGGCCCCCGGAGCCGCGCGGCUUGUGCGGCUUGUGCGCCAGGUGCAGCGCCAGGUGCAGCGCCAGGGGCCGCACGGGCACGGCCCCCUGAGGCACGCAGCGCCCCAGCACCGCGGCCGGCGACGGCUCGCCCCGCGCCCCCGCGCUGAGGGCGGCCGUGGCGCGCUCCGCCCUCGACGCCUCUCCGCCGUCACGUUCCGGAGGGGGCGGCUGCUCUGCCUGGCGGCUCGCCGUCCUCAGCCGCGGCUCCCGGUCGGCAGCCACCGCGGGCGGGUCUUUCCGAGGGGGAGCGGCGGGCACCGGGGCGCGAGCGGACAUGGUCGCCUCGCCCCAGCCGGGAGGCGCCCGGGACCAGGGAGCCCGGCCGUCCGUCUCUCCACCGGGGCACCGGCUGGCUCCGGCCCGGGACAGAAGACCCGAGAGCCCGCCGUCGCCGCCCACCGAGGCCGACCGGCGCCCGGCGUGCCAACCCUCCCCGCGUCGAGCGGGGCGCUAACCGCCCGCUGGCUUAGCGUUCCUCAGCGGCGCACGCCCAGAGUCCGCGACACGCGCCCGGCGCCGCAGCCGCGAGCGAGCCUCUACGAGCCGGACUGGAGCAGCUCAAGUCAAGUCGGCCCGGCGCGAGUCGCGAAGGCGGUAACUCAUAGCGGGAGGGGCGGGGCGGGGCAGGGCCUCGCCUCCCGGGACGUGACGUGGCCGCUCGCCCCUCCCCGCCCCCUGCCGGCCGCGCGCGGCGGCCGACUGCAGAGCUCGCCCGGUCCCGCCCCAGCUGCUGGUCGAGGAGCGGGAGGGCAACCAACGGCUCUCCCCGGCCCGCGGGCUUCGGCCGCCCAGCUGCGGGCGCAGGGGCGGGGCACGCUCCAGGCCUCUGUGACUCGCGGGCUCCUGCGGCGGCCGCGACCGAAGGGCGGGGCGGCCGCGCACGUGGUGCCGGGAGCACCGGGUGGCCGCCGAGCACUUGCGGCCCGCGCGACGCUGGCCACCGGCCGGGGCGGCUGAGCGUGGCACCUUCGCCUCGCGGAAGUUUCCCUCUGGAGCUUGCGGAAGCCGCGGUGACUUGUAAUCUUGAGCCACGUCCAAGCUUUUUGAAGGCCUGUCAGGUAAUGCUUGAGCUCUUAUGAAAGCCUCUCCACAAAUCAGUCUACAAGACUUAGAGAACGCUUUUUAUUACUAUUCACCACCGAUCUACUCAAAUGCUAGUACAUUAAACUGAUUAACAACCUGG